UCCCUUUCAAGCCCAAGGAAAGGAAAGGAAAGGAAAGGAAAAUCAUCCUACCUUUCGUUCUUGCUCCCCGACCCUAGCCAUGGAAACUGAGAUAGAGCGCUUGUGGGUUUUUGCUCUCGCUGCAAAAUGCAGAGCCUUCUCGUCUGAUAAUCUCGUCUCGUCUGUGAUCCUACUUGUUUUUGCUUGGCUAUCACUGACCUUCAUCUACUGGGCUUACCCAGGAGGCUCAGCCUGGGGAAAGUACUGGUUCUGGUUGAAGAAAGGACCCAGCGCCAAGCCAAUACCAGGGCCGAGAGGCCUCCCUGUGGUGGGAAGCAUUAAUCUUAUGGCAAGCCUCGCGCACCGCCAGUUAGCAGCCGCUGCGCAGCAGUGCUUAGCCAAUCGUCUCAUGGCUUUUAGUCUGGGUGAGACUCGCGUCAUCAUCACAUGUAACCCCGACGUUGCUAAAGAAAUCUUGAACAGCUCGGUCUUUGCGGAUCGUCCGGUCAAGGAGUCGGCUUACAGUCUCAUGUUCAAUCGAGCAAUUGGUUUUGCUCCUUAUGGUGUUUACUGGAGAACACUUCGAAGAAUCGCUGCAACCCAUCUUUUCUGCCCUAAACAAAUUAACGGCUCCGAGGACCAGAGGUUCCGAAUCGCGGCUCAGAUGGUGUCAAUGGUUGGCCAUCGUAAAGGAGAAUUCAGUGUUCGUGACACGCUGAAACGUGCUUCACUGAACAACAUGAUGAGUUCUGUAUUUGGACGCCAAUACGAGCUGAGUUCCUCCUGUGAGGAAACCGACGAACUAAGCAGACUGGUCGAAGAGGGGUACGAUCUUUUAGGGAAGCUCAAUUGGUCCGACCACCUCCCAUGGCUGGCCGGAUUAGACUACCAAAAUAUCCGAUCCAGAUGCUCCAAGCUUGUUCCCAAGGUGAACCGCUUCGUGAACCGCAUCAUCGCCGAACAUAGAACUAAGACCGGCAAGAAUAACCAGGACUUCGUGGACGUUUUGCUCUCCCUUCAAGGUUCCGAUAAAUUAUCAGACCCCGAUAUGGUCGCCGUUCUUUGGGAGAUGAUCUUCAGAGGAACAGACACGGUAGCGAUUUUGAUAGAGUGGAUACUGGCAAGGAUGGUGCUCCAUCCUGACAUUCAGUCGAAAGUCCAGCAAGAGCUGGACGAAGUCGUCGGAAAAUCACGACCGGUGCUGGAACCAGACAUUCAAGCGAUGGUGUAUUUGCCGGCGGUGGUGAAGGAAGUACUCAGGCUACACCCACCUGGCCCACUUCUGUCAUGGGCCCGGCUUGCAAUCACAGAUACGACAGUUGAUGGUAAACAGGUGCCCGCUGGAACAACAGCCAUGGUGAACAUGUGGGCUAUAACGCGGGACCCACAGGUUUGGUCGGACCCACUGAAAUUCAUGCCGGAAAGGUUCGUGUCAAGGAAGGAGGACGAAGUGGAGUUUUCGGUAAUGGGAUCGGAUCUUAGGUUAGCUCCAUUCGGGUCGGGCAGGAGAACAUGCCCCGGAAAAGCUUUAGGGCUAACGACAGUGACCUUUUGGGUAGCAACCUUGUUGCACGAGUUUGAGUGGAUAGGCUCGGUUCAAAAUCCGGUUGACCUGUCUGAGAUCUUGAGGCUGUCUUGUGAGAUGGCAAAUCCUCUCACCGUCAGAGUGAAUCGUAGGCGUGCCUAGCCUAUAUGCCCAUCAAUCCCAAAUCCCAAAUCCCACAAUUCCCAAUUUCCCUGUAAUGCAUGCAAAAUGUAAAGAAUUGUGCAGUGCAGAUGUUCCCCGUCUUACUUUUGAGACCUAAAAAGCCUCUCUAGAGUCUAAGCCUCUCUUACGUCUUCUUCUUUCUUAGCUUGUUGGUUCAGUAGUAAUAAUUUUUAGCCGCUGUAAAAUAUGGAGCGAAAGUAGAAGCAGCUAUAAUCUACAAAACUACAAAAUAAUCCACCAUAGUCUAUAUGGAUCUGAUAGGUUUGAAAUGUUUAUAGCUUUGAGGCAAUAAUGUGUGUGUAUGUGAUCGACACUUACUCUCUUCUAGCUUACUAUACUUUUAUAUACAUGCAGUUUGAAGAAAA